UUUCUCUAUAUUCUAAAUAACAUUAUAUAAUUAAGAAUUUUUCUUUUUUGGUUAGGAGAUGCUGCAUUGAACUGGUUUUUUUUUCCAGUUGUUCCCAUCAUCAAUGUCUACCUUUUCUAUUCAAGGUCCCAUAAAAUGCAACAGAACAAUCUCUCUUUCCCCACUGUCAUUUUCCAAUAUUACCUAUAAUUCUUGUAAUGUUUCCCUUCCUAGAAAUGUUCAUGUGCAAGGCAAUUUUCUUUCUUCAAUUUCACACCAGUCUUCAGCUCAUAGAAAUUUGACUUCUGAUAGGCAGAGAGGCUUAUCCCUGAUUGCCUUUGAUGGUAAUAAGAACUCAGAACCAGUGGGAGAAGAUGAUAAUCAGGCCCUGGAUGCAGUUAUGAAGUUGUACUCUGCCUUCAAGAACAAAAACACAAACGAAUUGUCAGAGAUACUUGCAGAUGAAUGCAGUUGUGUGUGCAAUUUCCUCUCAUUCUUCCAAACCUUCCAAGGAAAAACGCAAGUGCUGGAAUUCUUUUCUUCCCUGAUAAGUAUGCUUGGAGACAACAUUCAGAUUGUGGUGAAACCAACUCUCCAUGACGGCAUGAAUGUUGGUGUCCAAUGGAAAUUCGAAUGGAACAAGAUACACUUUCCUCUAGGGAAGGGAUUCAGCUUCCACAUAUGUCAAAGUUACCAAGGAAAGGCGGUAAUAAGGAAUAUUGAGAUGGUUAUGGAGCCACUGCUAUACUUGAAACCCUUCAGACUGCAAAUGGUGGCAAGUCUCACAAAAAUUGUGGAGAAGAUAGGUUCACUCAUGGCGUCAGAAUCUGGAAAUAAGGCCAAAAGAAUUCUAUGCAUUGUGUUUGCUGUGUUAUUUCUGACUGCCUUGUUAUUCUACAUAAGAUUAGCUUCAUAGAACGCCCUGUCAUAACAUAAAUCAUUCAAUCAUCAAUUUGUUACUUUUUGUGAGUUGUGUUCUAGUGCAUGUUUGGAAAAUCGUUUGAAAAUGAGGUGAAGGGAAAAACAUGAUGAGCAUAAGCAAAACUAAAUGAAAUUGCUGUUAUUUACUAUGAUUUUGGAUUCAGGUAAUUUUCGAAAAGUUUCCAAACAUGCACGUAGAAACAAAUCGACUUUAAUAAGGUAAACCUUCUUCACAACAUGUACAUUCCAAUGAAGUUGGUGCACAAAUAAACCGAUUUGUAUUCAACUCGGAUACUAUUGUGUAGAGAAACCUUAAAAAUUACAGUGCAAUGCAUGUUCAGUCAUUCUAAACUAAAUCAUAAAACAAAGAUGUUUAGUCUAUCUUCAGUUCUCUGUAAUUUUAUGAAGUAUGCUGUUACUUAAAUAUGCCUUAUGUAGAAUGGUCUCUGACAUUGAAAGUUACUUGUUUAUUUCACAAUCAUAUGAGCUGUGGCUCAUAAAUUUAAAAUGCAGGACCAGCUUCUGCUUAUAUGUGAUUUAUGGGUUGUCUCUAUCAACCAUGGGGCUUCUUUGAGAACCAGACCUCUAUUGAGCUGGUUUGAAAGUUGAAAUUUUGAAUGUUUUAUGGGCGCCAAUUAGCUUUCAUAUAUACAUUAGCUGCUACAUUUGUUGUUGCUUGUUAACAGAUUAACAUUUUUUUAUUGUGCUGACUUGGUGUGCAUACAUGCAUUAAAUGUUCCUAUGGUCGCCUGCAAGUGCUAGCUAGGCCAAGAGGUUGUAACAUUCGUGAAUCGCGAUUAACAUUCAUGAAAUGAGCCGAAUCUAAAUAAAACUUAAUUCGGAGCCCAACCCUUAUUAGAUGCAAGAUGUCUUGUUCUACUCAGUUAUAUACUUUGGAACAAGAUUAAAAUGGAAAUACUUUUAAAUAAUGGUCAUCAUUUGUGAUAUUUGUGAUAAUGUAAUAAGCGCAAAUGCUUAAAUGUUGGAGGGUCCAAUAAAAGAUUCAUAGGCCGAUAGACAUACAAACAAUAUAGACAGUUACAAACACCUUAUUUUUUUCUCUGUCUCUCACUUCUUAUCACAUCAUAUUAUAUAUCACAUUCAUUAUUUCUCUCUUCUUUUUCUUUCUCUUUUAUCACUAAUGAAUGUCUAUAAAUCAUAACUCUUAGAAGGUCAUCUAUCUACCAGGCUAUCAAUCAUGAUAGCUCGACCCACAGGAGAAGUGAUUGGAGGGUUGUGUACCUACCGAACUAUCAAUAUUCAUCAUAGCUCGACCUAAAAGAGAGGUGACAUAAUUAACAUUCCACAACUUAAGGAGGGAUCAUGGCUAAGUCAUAUAGCCCUAAGCCCAUAGGUCAGAGGAACUAUAACCCCUGAUUUUAAUUAGUCGCUUCAAACAUCUGAGUUAACUAGCUAAUCAUGAUGUCAUUUAAUUAUUUAGUAAUCACACAAUCAAUGCAAACAUCUAAUAAACUCAAGAUAGCUCCAAGGUUAUCAAAGAUAAAAUUAGACAUCUUCACUCUAACGCUAUCCAUGGAGCCAAAUUGUGUGCUUGUCCCUAAAUCUGAUUUCCUAAAGAACUUUAGAGAGAAUAAUAACAAAUUAGCAACAUAUUAUAUGAUUAAAUUGUCUAAGGCUGGUCCAUUUUCUCAUUGGUU